UUACCAAAUUUUGUAAUUAGAGUUACAAUGGACGCCAUACAUAGUGGAUGGUUUAGUGAAAUACAAAAUGAUUUGUGGCCUGGUCAGAGUUUCUCUUUAAAAGUCAAAAAAAUCCUUCAUGAAGAAAAGUCUAAAUUUCAAAAAAUAAAGAUAUUGGACACCGAAUCUUAUGGGCGUUGCUUAAUAUUGGAUGGAAUAAUUCAGUGCACCACUAGAGACGAAUUCGCUUAUCAAGAAAUGAUUGCAUUCCUUCCCUUAUGUUGUCAUCCCAACCCAAAAAAAGUUUUGAUUGUUGGCGGUGGAGAUGGUGGUGUGUCAAGAGAAGUUGUGAAACAUCCUCUUGUCGAAGAAGUUUACCAGGUGGAAAUCGACGAUCGCGUCAUUGAACUAUCCAAAAAAUAUUUACCUACGAUGGCAUGUGGCUUUAAUGAUAAGAAAUUAAAUCUUGUGGUUGGCGAUGGCUUUGAAUAUAUGCGAACCAAUCAGCGAAAAUUUGACGUUAUAAUAACAGACAGUUCCGAUCCUAUUGGUCCGGCAAUAAGCUUAUUUCAAGAAGAUUACUACAAAUUAAUGAAAAACUCUUUACGUGAAGGAGGUAUAAUUUGCUCGCAAGGUGGGAGUUUCUGGUUGGACUAUACUUACAUCAAGAAGCAAAUGUUAAAUUGUAGUAUUCAUUUUCCACGAGUUGCUUAUGCUGUUACUUCCGUUCCAUCUUACCCUUGCGGACAAAUCGGUUUUGUCAUUGGGUGCUUAGAUAAAUCAUCAGACUUUAAGGAUCCGGUUACAAAGUUUAGUUCUUCAGAAAUAGAUGCAAUGAACUUGAAAUACUAUAGCUCUAAGAUACAUUCUUCAGCAUUUACCUUACCUAGAUGGAUUGAGAAAAACUUUUAUGAAAACGAGAACCCUAUAUAACGUACGCAAAUUUAAAAAAUGUGGGCUGAAAGACUUCAAUAAUCAAUUUUGUAGUUAAUGGUAUAUUUAAAAAUUCUAACAUCAAAAGUGUUUUUGCGGAAAUAUAGUAUUGAAAACGUUAAUUAGAUCACUUUUUAAUGAAGCUAAAAAUUUAUUUGGCAACAAACGUUUGUAGAAAUUUGUGGUAACCAUAAAUAUAUAAUUCAUAAAGUUGUUAAUUAAUGAACAACUAGAUCGACUGGUUGAUGCAAACUGUUGUCAUUGAUUUGCUGUUAUU